AUGGCAACCGAAGCCAAACCAAACGUGCGAGCGACUAAGGAUGCUGUCCAGGUCGAACAAGCACAACGACCAGGGGGCCAAACCCCUGUUCAAGUCAUGACCUACAGGUGGCCUGAUUUGGAACCCCAGCGUCUGGUCCACUACUCCCGGAGGCUACUUCAGAUGCCCGUUCGUCACGAUAUCCUCCACCGCGCAGUCAUCUACGAGGGAGACAGCACCCGACAAGGUUCCGCCAACACCAAGUGGAGGGACGAUGUGCACGGUAGUCACAGAAAGCUGUACGCGCAGAAGGGCUCCGGUCGUGCGCGUGCAGGUGAUAAGAUGUCGCCAGUUCGACGAGGUGGUGGUGUUGCUUUUGGACCUCAUCCUCGCGAUUUCUCGACCGAUCUGCCACGGAAGAUUUACGACCAAGCCUGGCGCAUUGCGCUCAGCCACCGGCUAUCACGCGGCGAAUUGAUUGUCGUCGACAACGAAAUCGAGAUGAAUGAAGAAUCGACUCCGUUCUUCAUCAAACACCUCCUCCAAGCUCAUGGCUGGCAUGGCAAGGGCCGGUCUACAUUCAUUACACUAAAGCCGAAUGAGAUGCUCUCUGAUGCGGUCGAAAAGUUCCACAACCAGGCACGAACUAUCAGCGUCGAGGAUUUGGAUGUGAAGAAUGUCCUGGAAACAGCAAGAUUGGUCAUUGAGAAGAAUGCACUGCACAGGAUCCUGCUUUCGCACACCACGGAUUUGGCGAAGGUGGACACUCUCUUUUCGCCUUCAGCUGAUGGAAAGAGGGUGUAUCCGCUAGACUUUAGCCGGAUGGCAUCUACAUGGAAGAACGCUUAA